UGUGAGCGCGCGCGCUCAUUUGUGUGCGUGUGUUCGAUUCCUUGAAAUAGUGUGUAUUGACGUGACUGUUGUUGUUGACUUUUUUUUGCUUCUCUGCUAUAGCCUUGUUGCCGAGGAAGUUUCGUUCAGUUUUUAUUUGAUUUCGAUGUGCGGCCACCGAUAGCCGCCGCUACAGUCAACACACAUUUCUAAUUACCAUAUUUUUUUUAACCAUUUUUGCUCGUUUUCAUCGUUUUCACAUCACUUUUCUUUUGAUUAUUUAAUUUGUGUGUGUGUGUGUGAUUCGUGAGUUGUUUAUACAAUAACAUCGUGCCCUUUCGUCGUUUUCAUCAACAAUUUAUUGUUUUUAAAUUCAUCGGAAAUUAUCGUCAUCUUUAGUUUCGUGCUCGAAUACGUGCGAUUCUGGUGUGGAUCAUAAAAAAAGCACAUUGCGGUUAAAAUCAGCGCAUAUAAUUCGAUUAUCGAUGCCAUUAUUUUGUUAUUCUCGUUUUUUAUGGAAGUGAGAGUCGCCGUGAGAGUUAUGCGAAUGUAAAUUCGUCGAAUAAAUGCAACCGAACCACCAUUAAUUGUGGUAUUGUUUUUAUUUAGUCGUCGCCAGAAGAAGAAGCAAAUGAAUGAAGAAAAAAAAGUGUAUAAAGUGCACACAAAGAAGUUUGGUUUAUGAUUUCAUAUAAUUGAGAUAGAAUUUAUGCAAAACAGCACAAAAUACCUACCACUCUUUCUCGCCGUUAACAGAACUAUUGCAAUUUGUUAAUUAGAAAAUUGUGUGCGUCUGAAUGGAUCGUCAUCGUUUGGACUGUUUUUGUCGUCGUCGUUAUUGUCGUUGUCGUCGUCAUCAUUGUCGGGAUUGUGCGAUCAGCCGCCCGGUACACGGAUUGUGAACGAACGUCAAAGAUGAAAACAGUAGUGUACGAUACAUAAAUAUUUUUGCAAAAGAGUUUAGUGAGCUCCAGUGAAUCGUCCUAUAAACAAUCGAAUCGCCAGCAGCAGUGACUACUGUGAUCAAAAUUGACCGGCCGUUGGUCUUGCGAGCAAUUUUAGUUUCGUGACACAUUCAACAAGUCUUACAAUCGAUACAUAUUAAAAAAAUCGAAAAGGCGGAUCGGAUAAUCAGUUCGGUGUGCAACAUUUUUUAUUUUUUGAAGAUUUUGUUUCUGAUUAUUUGGGGAAAAGAAUACAAAGAAAACAUCAUGAAAACCUGUUGUGGUUGCAUCGAUAUGCGAAAAGGAGUGGUGACUAUUGGAACAAUCGGAUUGAUUGCAUCCAUGCUGAUGUUGGCGUCACAAUUUAUUUUGAUGGCAUUACAGAAAAAAGUGAUGCUCGAUGAAACUGACAAAAUCGGCAAUAAUUUGUAUUCUUUUGUGAUGAUCAUGGGCAUUGUUGUUUGCUUCUUCAAACUCAUUUCGGAUUGUUUGCUGAUUUUUGGCGCAAUUAAGCAAACAACGCGCGAGGUAUCCGUUUGGUUGGCAAUUAAUCUUUGCACCAUUAUUUAUUUGUUCAUUACACUGGUGUUCAUUUAUGACUUGCUUGCGGUGCACAAAUCAAACAUGGACCACCAAGAAGUUGUCAUUCUCAUUGUGUUUUUGCUCACAUCAAAUGUGUGCUACCUCUAUCUAUGGUAUCAAGUCUACAUAUUUUCGCGCCAAUUAGAUCUCGAUGGACGAACUUCCCUGGAAGGAAUUCUGCAAAAUGUGACGGCAAGACCAUAAAUUGUAAUUGGGAGAAACUUUUUAUUUGGAGUCAACGACAACGUCCUUUUUCUCAUUUUACUUUUCUUUUCUAUUUUCAAAUAUUCUAAAUCGAUAAGAAUCAUUCAAUUGACUUUUUUCAUUUCAAUUAAAGAAAUAUUAGUAAUAUAAGUGAUAUAUACACGGCCAUUACGACCGUUUAAAGAAGUGUUCCUUUCGUCUCACCAUUGACUAAGUUGCCAAGUGUAUUUGUGUGCCUUAUUCAUUUUACUUGCGCACAUUGACGAAUUUUAUAUGUAGCGUUCAAUAGAAUUAAAUAAAAAUCAAAAAGUUGAAGAAAAAAUUUAUAAACACACAAAAUUCCGACGAAAAGAACCGAAAAAUAGAUAAAUGUAUGGAAAAUAAAUCUCAUUUAGCCAUGACACAAAAUGUAUGUGCCUGAAAAAUGCACCGAAAAAAAAAAACAAAGAAAAAAACACACAAAAAAUACCAUUUAAACAAUGUUCUUUACAAUAGUUUUUUAAUUAUUAUUCUUUGAAACUUAA